UCUCUUGGCGACACACACUCUUUGGUGACGCAGCACCAAUAGGCUGCAAACCCGGAAAUAGUUACGUUGCUAGCUGCUGUGUUGUUGGGAGGAAAAAAGGAGCAUUUUUCUCAUAACUAUCGUAAAAACCCUUCUUAUUAAAAGUAGACAGCUGAAACAUUAGCCUGUCAGUGACUUUGGAGGUAGACAUUUACGUUUCCAGGCAGUAGUUGCCAGUUUUCUGCUGCCAAUUGGACGCUCGUCAUCUUUGUUUAUCGCCGUUUCAUCAGUUCGUUUCUCAGCCGGCCGCUGUGCAGAAUGGACGAUGAGGCCGGCGGCUCGGUGGCGGUGGCGGGGGACGGCGACCCCAGCAGGAGGCGGAGGGUGCACGGCAUGCUGAAGCUCUACUACGGCCUGAACGAGGAAGGAAAAGCCGAGGAGCAGCCGGAGUCCCUGGAUCCCUGCGACAUCAACGGGCCGCAUUUCGACCCCGAGCAUUUCCUCAACAAGCUCAGACGGGAGUGCUCCCUCGCGGAGCUGAUGGACCAGGAGACCUGCAUGGUGAAGCAGAUCCGCUCUCUGGACAGUGACAUGCAGACGCUGGUGUAUGAGAACUACAACAAGUUCAUAUCUGCUACAGACACUAUAAGAAAGAUGAAGAACGACUUCAAAAAGAUGGAGGACGAGAUGGAUUGCCUGUCCGCCAACAUGGCAGCAAUCACUGAGUUCAGCGCCAGCAUCAGUGGAACGCUUCAAGACCAGCACGCACAGAUUACGAAACUCUCAGGCGUUCACACUCUGUUAAGGAAGCUGCAGUUUCUGUUUGAGCUGCCUGCUAGAUUAAACAAGUGUCUGGAGCUGCAGGCCUACGCUCAGGCGGUGAGAUCGCACCGCCGUGCCCGCUGUGUGCUGCAGCAGUACAGCCACCUGCCCUCCUUCAAGGGAAUUCAGGACGACUGCCACGCCAUCAUGGACAAGCUGGCGCAGGAGCUGCGACAAAAGUUCAGGGAUGGUGGCUCAAGUGCCAAAGAUUUAUCCGAGUGUGUGGAGCUGCUGCUACAGCUGGAUGAGCCGGCAGAAGAGCUCUGUGAUAAAUUUCUGAGCCAUGCGCGGUCUCGACUGGAGUCGGACCUCCAGGGUCUGGAAGCAGAGAUAAGACCGUACCCGUCCACCUUAGCCCCGAAAGAUGCCACGGCACGCAGCUCGUCAUCUGCUGCGGCCCCCGGAUCUCCAACUGGUACCUCCCCUAAAACGAGCGCCGUGCCAUCUCCCUCCUCAAACACUGACAUCCUGGAAUUCAUUGACAGAGGCUGCAAUGAAUUUGUCAGCAGCUUAUGUUUAGUCAUCACAUCCUAUCAGGAACUUUUCAUCAACCAUGCUCAGAAAGGCGAGCUGGCAUCCAAAAAUAUUCCCCAGAUGGCAAAUGGGAAGUUGCACGCCUUUGUGGACGAUCUGGCUGCUCGGUAUUUCUCGCUCGUGGAGCGGAGGAUACAAGAGGAGAAAGGGGUCGCAGAUAACUCGCUCCUGGUCCGAGCACUCGACCGCUUCCACCGCAGACUUCAGGCUGUGGCCAAGCUGCUGCCAGGCUCCGCCGUGCCGAACCAGGGGACGGGGAUUGUGAUCCGGGCGGCAACAGAGCGAGUCAAGCAGUACCUCGCUGCCCUGCAGAGCUUCUACAUGGACAGCCUGACGGAUGUGAGGCAGGCACUGGCCACACCUCGGCUCUCUGUGGCCAGCGCCUCAGUGGCUGCAGGCGGAUCUCUUCUAGGGGGGGCAGCCUCUGGUAGAGAUGCUCCGACCAGCCUGCCGGAGCUGCUCUCCUCACUGUCCGCCUCGAUUCUCAAUCAGAUUAAGUCAGUGCUCGCAUCUGUGCAUCUUUUCACAGCUAAGGACAUAACAUUCUCCAACAAGCCGUACUUCAAGGGUGAAUUCUGCAGUCAGGGUGUGCGUGAGAGUCUGGUGGUGAGCUUCAUAAAGUUUGUGUGCCAGUCUUCUCGCCAGUUCUGCGAGAGCGCAGGAGACAAGGGAGGCUCGACUCCUCCGGCCCUUCUGCUGCUGCUUUCUCGCCUCUGCCUGGACUACGAAACUUCAACCAUCUCUUACAUACUCACUCUCACAGACGAACAGUUCCUUGCGCAGCAUCACAGUCCAGUAACACCCGUCACAACUUUAUGCGCUGAAGCCAGGGAGGCAGCACAGAAACUCCUGAACCAUUAUGUAAAAGUUCAGGGUCUGAUAAUCUCCCAAAUGUUGAGAAAGAGCGUGGAGACACGAGACUGGGUGAACACCAUCGAGCCGCGAAACGUCCGUGCUGUGAUGAAGAGAGUGGUGGAGGACACAACCUCCAUUGAUGUGCAGGUCGGUUUUCUAUAUGAGGAAGGUGUGAGGAAGGCGCACAGCAGCGACUCCAGCAAGAGGACUUUUUCUGUUUACAGCAGCUCGAGGCAACAAGCUCGCUACGCUGCCAGCUACACUCCAAGUGCUCCCAUGGAUACUAAUCUGCUGAGCAACAUACACAAGUUGUUUUCUGAGAGGAUUGACAUCUUCAGUUCAGUGGAGUUCAACAAGGUCUCUGUGAUGACCGGAAUCAUCAAAAUCAGUUUAAAGACAUUCCUGGAAUGCGUCCGCCUGCGCACCUUCGGUCGUUAUGGGCUGCAGCAGAUCCAGGUGGACUGCCACUACCUGCAGAUGUACCUGUGGCGCUUCGUCUCCGACGAGAACCUCGUGCACUUCCUGCUGGAUGAGAUAGUGGGGAGCUCCGCCCACCGCUGCCUGGAUCCGUCCCCGAUGGAGCAGAGCGUGAUCGAGGUCAUCUGUGAGCGAGGCUGAAGCUCAAAGUGCAGCUCUGUCAGCUAGUGUGUGCUCCAAACACCAUAUCAUAAAUACAGAUACACUGUAAUCAUGUAUCAAAAUUAAAACAGUCUCAUAAUUACUGUUAAAUGUUGAAUUUAUUGAUAUAGAUUCAAAUCAAACUGUAAAAUGCUUAUAAAUAUCUGUGGCGAUCUCAAAACAAUGCAUUAAGUCAUGUUUCUUGUGUUGGGGAAGAGGAAGAGCACUUUGGUUACUGUAAAAACAUGAAUAAAUUGUACAACUUGAAUGUGAAUUUGGGACAGAUCUCUUGAUAUUCUAGGCAUUUGCAUUACAAAGUGCACAUGAUCUUAAAAUAUGAGUAGAGAAACCCCUCUCAUCUCCUUUAUCUGCAAAGAGAGACAUAAUUUAAAUUGACAUGAUUCAAGAUAAACAUUUGUCCCCCUUGAAGGAUUUGUUUUAUUAAUGUGAAUACAGAAUCUGAAGGAGAGAAGUUGUG